AGUAGCCAAGAUGACCAGAAGUGGCUUUCGAUGGAGGCUGGGCCUCGGGUUCGUCGUGCUUUCGGCAUUAGUAGUCGUAUCUCUCGCCCGGGAAUCGGAUGACGAGUACAGAGAUCUUGAAAUCGCUGCAAGUCAUCAUGGCCAUCAUUCCGAAUCUGGCCACGGUCACAAGCAUCACUCCGAUCACCAUGAGGAUCAUGGUGAAAAAGGUGAUAAGGGUUAUCACACUCACCACCAUCAUCACAAAGGUGAUCACGGUAAACACGGUAAAGAGCAUCAUGCUGGACACCACGAAGAACACGGUGGCCACAAGAAGCAUCACCACGAGGAAGAAGACAAAUACGGAGAGCACCACGAGAGUGGACAUGGCCAUAAAGGUCACAAAUUCGGCGAGAAAAAGGGUCACAAAAAGGGCGAGAAGACUCAUGGCUAUCACAAGAAAGCGCACAAAGACGAUUAUCACAAAGAACACAAGUUUUAUGACGAUCAUCAUAAGGGAGGACACCACGAGAAACACGGGCAUCACCAUCAUCAUCACGGUAGUAAGGAAGGUCAUCACAAGAAGGGCGACCAUCAUCACUCCGGUUAUCAUGAUGAUCAUCACGGCAAAAAGGGACAUCAUCACAAGGGACAUUACGACGAGGACCACAAAGGUUACCAUGGAAAACACGGCCACGACGAUCAUUAUUCCCACUACGAAGACUUUGCGAAGAAAGGCGAUCAUCACGAUGGGAAAAAGCACGGUUUCUCCAAGGGUCAUCAUUGAUUAUUACGCAUCUUCUCCCUGUUAUCAUGAAACACAUUAUAUGGCUGUUUCAGCAUGUGUACACAUAUCCACCGUUGGCUAUUUUUUAGGU